AUGAAGACACGAGCAACGAGAGCACGGCAGAUGUCUUCUGUAAAAUUAGUGCUAGCGCACAACUAUAUGAUGCGGCCGUGGUCUGCGGGAAGCGGCGCAGAAAGGGGCUGGGAAGCGGGCGGCGCAAGCAGGGGCGCGCGGUGGGCAGGCGCGGAGCGGUGGGCGCGCGCGCCGCACAGCCUGCCGUACCUGUGUGGCGCAGGCGCACCUGUAGGCGGGGCUGGACGCGGAGCCGCUGCGGCUCCGGUGUCUGCUUUUGACCAGGAGCGAAUGCCGGGCGCGCACGUAGUGGACUUCUACUUUGAGCGGAUGCGCGGCGGGCGCGUGCGCCAGGGCCGCAAGUACAUGCCAGAUAUAUCGUACAUGAAAAAAUGGGAGUUGGUGUGUACUCAUCACAACCAGGCCGCCAUGGGACCAGCUUUGGAGCACCUUGCGGCGGAGGACGAAGACGCCGCGAUCCAGCUCGUGGCGCUUGUGAAUACGAAGCUCAAUGCGCCGAUUUGCGCGGCCAACCUUCUCUACCAGUUGGAACAGCUUCUCAGGCAGAACAGUCUCUGCCUGAUCUUCGUCGCUCAGGACGGCAUAGCCCAGCUUCUCCGCCAUUCGGCCGCGAUGCCGACGGAGAUGGAGUACGUCUACCUCCGGUGCUUCAAGACGCUCAUCACCCAGGAGCAGGGCCGUCUCGCCGUGCUGGAGAGCCCGGAGGCCGUCCGAGUGCUAUGCCGGUACGUGGCUGCUUUUGAGUCGCAGGCAAGGACUCGCCUUCUCACUACGGACAUUUUGCUCCUUCUAUCCUACGUCGAUAGCACCAGGGUGUCGCAGGAGCUCGAGCAGCACUACAGUCGCUGGCUUGCAGCAGUCGAAACAACCAUCACAGACGAGGCCCAAUGGCGCCGUUCGCCGUUUCGGGCCCAGUCGCCACAGCAGUUCAUGAUUGACUAUUGUGUGUCCACGAUGUUUCUUAUUAACGCGCUCAUACAGGGCAUGCCGUCGUACCAGGCGAAAGGGAAGACGAUACGACUACUCAGGGAUGCUGGUAUUCACAGAAUUUUUCAUAGGAUAGUCAGUUCGGGGGAGAAAUUUGACUCAGAGAUCUUGCUUGAUGAGAUAUCGAAAUACCAGACACGAGAGACAGAAAUUAACGCCAAGUUCGUGCCGGAGACGCCUCCAUCGCGUUACGUAUCGUUUGCUGCGCAGAUUAAAACGAUUGUUUCUUUGACGCAAGGUACAUCACUCGAAUCGUCGAUGGCAUUAGUACUAGACUCUAUUCGGCAGAUCAUCACCUCCCGGACUUCUGCAGAGGCUGCAAAGCUAUUGCAGCUUUUCCACUCAAUAUUCAAGUACCUUAUUGCACACUCUUAUGACCGGGAGGAGUUGGGCACAGAGAGCGUGCUGCGGGCAGCGCUAAACAAGCUCAUGGAUGACCUCCAGUCCACGCAGGUGAACCAACGCGCUGUCCAGGAGUUGGAGGCCGCACAUGCACAGAUUGAAGAUUUAAAGAAGGCUGUAACCAAGUUGGAACACCAGAAGUUUGUCACGAAGAGCAUUAUCUCGCGCGAGCUGAGCGCGACCAAACAGACGCUGUCACAGAAGCUCGAUUACAUCGCAGAGUUGGAAGAUAAGCUGGAAGCUCUCGAGACGCAACUAAAAAACGAACGCGAGAAGUACGAACGCGAGAUCGCGAACCGCGACAGUGAACGUCGGCUGUCGAACAGCUCGGUGUUUCUAUUUGCACAGCUUAAAAAUGGUAACGGCUUGCCGCAUAGUAAUGUAAGUCGCACACCAUCGCUCACACGAAGCAAGCGUGUGUCUUACUCUGCGUUACUGACAGAGAAUCAGAGUAGGCGCAGUUUUAGUGGCCCGGAGGGAAUAACAACGUCAGAAAAUGACAACCCAAGGGCGGACCAUACGUUUGGGUCGCAAUCACAUAGGAGGACCCACAGCACUAUGCUGAGCGGCGCGGUGUCUCCCAUUAACUUGGCGGACCUGGAAUCGCGCCCACUGCAUGUGACUUCGCCGCGCCCAACCUUAGCGUCCAACAAAAGCAAGACCACAAAACCCCAAAAGCUCGGAAAGGACAUAGCGACUACCAGACCUUUGAUACCACCGCCACCUCCGUUGCCUCCAUCACCAUAUUCGGGCCAAUUGGGUGCCAAGGGCGCUGCUGCAGCGCCCUCGGUUACCGAGGCUGCUAGCGUAGGGACGCUCGCUCCUGCCCAGACGGCAAUGGCUUCGGCCGUGCACGAGGCUACGGUUCCUGGUAUCGAAUCCUCUGCUGUUCCCGGUGAAACUACUCCUAUCCGGGUUGGCGGGGCUUCGCGGCUUUCACAUGCCUCUUGGGGCGAGGGAACUCCCAAGCUAGAAUCAGUCCCCGAAGUUGCAGCCGCAGAGAUAAAUCAGGAGAUGGCUGGUUCAGAUAUUGUAGGGGGAGCGACGGCGCAGGCGCCUGUGCCUCUUGACCAGUCCACCGGCGCCGCGCCGCUUCCGGGGCGGCAGGCACCACAAUCUGUACCGAUGCCCAAGUGCCUGAAUUGCCCUGCCACGAGUACUGAUAAGACUGUAAUCUCUCAGCCACAGCUUCAAAUGGCGCGGGAGCCGACGCACGACGAUAGCGGUGCCGUAGCAUCUGGGCUCGGUGAAGCAUGUACGGAGAGCAAUCAAGGUCAAACAUUAGAGAACCAAUGUCCUGCAGCUCCUGCGGCAGUUAUUCAAACGGCGAGCGCAGCUACGCAAGUGCCUAUGGGCUCGCAGGCUGUAGCAGCGUCGGGGGUACCAGCAUCCCUAUCGCGCGUUCCUACACCCGCUGCAGGUUCAGCUCAACAAACAUGCGAGGGCCUGGCAGGCCCGCCAGCACAUCCGUAUGCGGAAGUUAUAUCGGAGCCGCUGUCGGUAUCUGAACUGACACAGGUACUGGAGACGGCAAUUUCUCCGUCUACGCGAGACACGGAGUUCGGAAAAAAUGCCUUGAUUACGACAUCUCCUGGCUCGAUACUGCCGCCGCCACCACCACUCCCGGGUGUCCUCACAAAGCAUGUCACGGGGACAUCUUUUCAACUACAAACAGAACUGGCACCGCCACCACCACCACUGCCAGAUGUACUCACAAAGCACGUGGCAGCAUCAUGCCUUCAACCACAAGCAGUACCGGCACCAGCGCCGCAGUCUGAGCUGAAAAAUGCGGUAGUGCCAGCGCCACCACCGGCGCCGCCUGUCCCUGACGUAUUGCUGAAGAACGUAAUUGUGCCUCCUCCUCCGCCGCCGAUGCCGGAGGUACUACUGAGGAACGCUGGCGCACCACCCGCACCACCAAUUCCGGAUGUGUUGCUGAAGAAUGCCAUUCUGCCAAUUCCCCCUCCCCCUCCUCCUCCACCACUAUUCGAUGGCCACGCCUGUCCGCCUCCUCCGCCACUUCCGAACUUUGCGUCUGCCGCGGGCCAAGGACUGGCACCCACAAUGCUGACACAGCAGCCAUCACCACCUUCGACACGGAUCAAGCUCAAACAGAUCCACUGGGACAAGAUCGAGAAUAUCAAAGAGACCGUGUGGUGCGAUGAGCAGCAACGGGUCUCUAAGAGCAGCGAACUAGAGAGCCUUGGGAUCUUCAAAGAGAUCGAAGAGUUAUUCGAGAUCAAACCUGCCUCAACGAACCUCGCGAAUGCGACAGCGUCACUUCUGAAGGCCAAAAGUUCGCGGAUCUCACUUUUGUCGCGGGAAUUGGCCCAAGAGUUUGGCAUCAACCUCCAUGUGUUCUCCCUUUACACUGUGGAGGAGCUAGUGGACAAGGUGCUCUCUUGCGAUAGCGAAGUAAUGAAGAACCAAGGCGUUCUUGAGUUUUUCUGCAAGGAGGAGGCAAACAACGUACCCCAAAGCAUCCAGCGUCUGUUUGGGCCCUACGAGACGAACUAUCUUACUGGAGAAAGACCAGAAAAAGAUCCCGCGGAGUUGGAACGCGCGGACCGCAUAUAUCUCGAGCUCUUCUACAACUUGCGUUCCUACUGGGCUGCGCGGUCCAACUAUCUUCUGGUGAUCUCCACGUUUGAGCGCGACUAUUUCGAUAUACUUUAUAAAUUGCAGCGGAUUGACGACGCGACCAAGGCAAUUCAGAGUUCCAACAAAUUGAAGGAGCUCUUCUUCAUCAUCGUGGAAAUCGGCAACUAUAUGAACCAGAAACCUGUGCAGGGUAUCCAGUUGAGCUCGCUCAACAAGCUUGCAUUCACCAAGACCAUCAAAGACAACAACUUGUCUUUUAUCCACGUGCUCGAACGCAUUGUCCGGACACGUUACCCCUCCGUACACGACUUCGUGGAGGGCAUCAACAGCAUCACCGGCGUCGCGAAUAUCAUCGUCCAGCACGUGCAGCAGGAGGCACAUGAGUUCUGCGACCGCAUCGCGAACUUGGACCGCUCGCUUGCCUCCGGCAAGCUAUCGGACCCCUCCAAGUUCCACCCGAAGGACCGCUUCUUACAGCGCACCGACACGAAGCUCGCCCAGGCCAAGAAAAAGGCCCGCCUCUUACGCGACCAGUGCUCCCUAACCAUCAGCGACUUCGAGAAGUUGAUGCUCUACUGGGGCGAGAACCCUGCCAACCCCAACAGCAAAAACACCUUCUUCCAGAAGUUCAUCGACUUCAUCCUCCUGUUCCGCAAGGCCGCUAAGGAGAACACCGAGCGCGAGGAGCUGGACCGCACCUACGAGAAGCGCCGCCGGCUUCUGGAGCAGACCGCCGCCCUGCAGGACCGCCGCCGCUCGUCCGGUCUGUCCUCCGUGCCCUCCUCCGCCGGCGAUAGCGCCGACAAGGACGCCGUCGACACCCUCAUGCGCCGCUUGCGCGAUCUGAACCAGGACGCCCGCAACACGCGCGACCGCAAGACCGAAGUCACGCGCCUACCCGGCCGUCUGAAGCGCAAGGAAGAGGACGAGUUGAUGUCCAGAACACAGGAGAUGUUGUUCGAUAUCAAGAAGAUCUAG